CGUGUAAUUUAUAGCUGCAUUAGUUGAGGGCAAAUUAUCGAUAUCACAACAUUUCUCAUAACCUGGGUGCAGCUGUCAAAGAAAUAUUCUUCAAUCAUUGACUUUUCGUGUGGCUAUGGCGUAAAUUGGUUUUGAGUAGUAAUUAUUUACGAAAUUUAAGAGUUAAUAAUUCUUGUGAUAAUUAUUAUUAUGGCUGGGCGCGGCGAACGAGGUGUAGUGAGAGUUUUAGAUAAGUUAGAAGCUUCUGUAAAUUCAGGUCAAUACUACGAAGCACAUCAAAUGUACAGAACUCUUUACUUCAGGUAUUUAAGUCAGAAAAAGUAUGCGGAUUUAUUAAAUUUAUUGUAUAAAGGUUCUACUCUCCUAUUACAACGCGAUCAGCAAGGCAGUGGGGCUGAUUUAGCAAUACUACUUAUUGACGUGCUAACCAAGUCUGAAACAAAACCAUGUGAAGAAUGGAUAGACAAAAUAGCCAAACUAUUUGGAAUAAUGGACUCUAGCAUACCAGAAAGAGAAAGUUAUCUGACAAACGCAGUCAAAUGGUCCAUGGACAACAACAAGAAAGGCCAUCCAUUACUUCACAAGAAAAUAGCUGAGGUGUACUGGCGUGAAUCAGACUUCACAUCUGCACAUAGGCAUUUCUUACACUCAUGUGAUGGCUCAACAUAUGCCAAUAUGCUCAUUGAAUUACACACAACUAAAGGACUUAAGUCUGAGAUUGACCUAUUUAUAGCACAAGCUGUGUUUCAAUUUCUUUGUCUGAGAAAUAUACGGAUGGCAACAGAAACUUUUAAUAGAUACACUGGCUCUCACCCAACUAUAAAAAAUGAAAAAGGCCCUCCUUAUUUAUUUCCAUUAUUAAAUUUUCUGUGGUUUCUGUUAAGAGCUAUUGAACAGAGACAUGCAAGUCAGUUCAAAAUAUUAAGGAAUUGGUAUGCAAUUAGUAUAAAGAGGGAUCCAAAUUAUUCAGUUUACCUGGACAACAUUGGUCGUAUUUGGUUUGGCAUAGAAGUGCAGCCAGAUACCAGGAACUCCUCAUCAGUUUUUGGUGGGCUGCUCAGAUCUAUUAUUGGUGAUGCUGACAGUUCCGAUGAAGAUGGAGACUUUAUGGGUCAAAGUGCAGCACCAGACUUAGAUUAAAGUGUAAAUAUGAUUAUGUACUAUUAUUAUAUUUUUUAUGGACAUAUCGGUUGGGCCUGCAUUCACAGUAGUCAUUAUUUCAUUUCUAUGUAAAUAAGUUAUAGUGUAGGUAUUUACUCAGUAAUAAUUAAUAAAAUAUAAUUUUAUUUUGCUAACAUUCAUUUUUCGUCAAAUCAUGGGAAAACUUGAUUGUUAGAUAUGUGUACAUUUGAUCAGAUCCUUGUGAUUUUAAAAUAGUACCAAUAUGGCUAUAAUGGCGAUAUAUAUCAAAGUUAUUCAUAAAGUACCUAUCGGAGUUUUUGUUUUGCUUUCAUUGGUUUUAUAAGUACAACAUGUUUAAAGAUACUUUUAUUUAAGAAGAAAUUAAAAGAAAUGUGAUGAUACCUAGUGAAAUAUGUAUGUAAAUGCCGAGUUUAACCAUAUUUAAAAAAAUCUGAGGUAUUUUUUUGCAAUAAGGCAAAGCAUAUGUUUUAAUCAGGUUUUUUUAAAUCAAAAAAGAACACAUCCUUCUUUCACUUUACUAUUAUUUAUUCUUACAAUAUGCACAUAUAAACAAAAUAAAAUAGUCAAUGCUUUCACUUGUUCAAAUCAUGCAAAAUAAAGUGCAAUGUGUAAGUACAGAAUGAAGAUUAAUAAACAUUUAAAAGAAUAACUAGCCCAAUUUAAUGUUAUAUUAUAAUAGUCUUAAUAAUAUUAAAAAAGUUAUUAAAUUUAUGUUCUGUUCAACUAAUUUUUAAUAAAUCAUUAUUUUGGAAUGUAAAGAAUGUAGUGAAAUGAACUUACAGCAGUCUGGUCUUAGUUGGUAGUCACUACAAAUAGAUGGAGGUGGAUUUGUAUGCCCUUUGUACAAUCCAUUUGACUACCAUACUUGCUGGAUUUGUUUAUUCUAAAACC